AGAGACUGGGAUGUUAAUAAUUCUCAGAGGAGCUAAAACAGUUGGUGGAGCAGAAGUUUUUGCCAAGAAACCUUGGGAAAGGCUGCUGCACUGAAUAAUAAUAAAAAUUCCAGUCAGAAUUUCUUGAGACUGUUUAAUGGACAUGUUUACAGUGGUGUGGAAACUUUGGGGAAGGAGCUCUUCAUGUACUUUGGGCCAAAAGCUUUACGGAUUCAUUUUGGAAUGAAAGGCUCGCUUGUGAUUAAUCCACUUGAGUCUAAAAAUAAGAAUGGAGUUUCUCCUGUUUUUGAAGUACAGCUCACCAAAGAUCUGAUUUGUUUCUUUGACUCAUCAGUAGAAAUCAGAAACUCAACAGAAAGCCAACAGAGAAUAAGAGUGAUGGAAGAAUUAGAUGUAUGUUCACCUAGAUUUAGUUUCUCCAGAGCAGAAAAUGAAGUGAAAAAGCAGAAAGGACGGAUGCUAUGUGACGUGUUAAUGGAUCAGAAAGUGUUGCCUGGGGUGGGAAACAUCAUCAAAAAUGAAGCUCUCUUUGACAGUGGUCUCCAUCCCUCUGUCAAAGUUUGUCAGUUAACAGAUGAACAGAUCCAUCACCUUGUGAAAAUGAUACGUGAUUUCAGCAUUCUUUUUUACAGGUGCUGCAAAGUGGGAUCUGCUCUCUCUAAAUACUGUAAGGUUUACAAGCGUCCAAACUGUGGUCAGUGUUGCUGCAAAAUAACUGUGUGUCGCUUAGGGGAGAAUAACAGAAUGACAUAUUUCUGUCCUCACUGUCAGAAGGAAAAUCCUCAGCAUGUUGACAUAUGCAUGCUGCCAGUUAGAAACACUGCAGUCAGUUGGUCUUGUAGCAGAGAGGGUCAUCUUAUGGACUGUGUGGCCCAGAAAUUUGAAGAGCAGUGGACAUGCGAGGUCUGUACUCUAAUAAAUAAGCCGUCUUCUAAGACAUGUGAUGCUUGCCUGACUUCAAGGCCUGCAGAUUCAGUACUCAGGAAUGAAGGAAAUCCUUUUGUCUUUAACAACUUAGUGAAAUACCCUUGUAAUAGCUUUGGAAAACCGAAGGCAAAAGUGAAGAUCAACAGGAAAACUGCAUUUGGAACUGCAACUCUUGUUUUGACGGAUUUCAGCAAUAAGUCCAAUGCUUUGGAAAGAGAAGAAAGCCAAAAUCAUAUACCAGAUGGAGAGUUUCCAAGCCCUCCUCCUAACAUGUGUGGUAGUGAUACACUGAACACCUCCAAGGAGAGAACAAACUGUGGAAGUCAAUCAUCUAACAAAGUAAAUAUAUCACCUGUAGUCUGCUCUCAGUAUAAAUUAUUUAGUCCAGCACAUAAAAAAUUAAAAACAACCCACUACUCAUCACCAGAUCUUAAAAGUUGCAACCCUGGAUUUUCUAACAGUGAACUUCAAAACAAUUUGACAGAUGGUCCUUGCUCGUUAAAUGCCGGCAGUCCCCGCUGCAGUAAACACGGCCGCCCCUGCGCUCUCCGAGUGGUGAGGAAGGGUGGAGAAAACAAGGGCAGGCACUUCUAUGCUUGUCCUCUACCGAGAGAAGCACAGUGUGGAUUUUUUGAAGGAGCUCAUGGCAGAAGAGCAAGCCAGUGCACAUCAGGACCCAGCUGGGUUAAUGAUCCAAUCAGAGGGCCUUCUGAGCAAAGGAGAAAAGGAAUCUAUUCUGCCAGUGCUGUGCAAUGUGACAUGGAGACUUCAAGUGGAAGGGAGGUCUGUCAGCUGUGUCUUUAACCAGGCAGGAGUGUCACCAUGAAACAAAAUUAAGGACGACUCUAGGACUGGAUGGCAGAUGGCCCCUUCAGACUUUCUUCUGCUGCUACUCCCAAUGUUCAGGUGAAUAUAGUCUGUGAGUGAGAAGCGUGGAAUCAGGGACACUACCAGUGACCAAAAAGCUUGUAAAAUUGGAAAUUGAAAUAGGAUAACACAGAAAUCAAGUGAAGUUCUCUUAAUGAGCGUGUAUCAUUCAU